CACAAAGCAUUACACCCUCCUCCUUCACUCAAAUCCAAUCCAUGGACAAGAAACAAGAACUUAUAUUCUGUCCAUCUCCGGGCAUCGGCCACCUUAUCUCCACCGUUGAGCUAGCCAAAAAGCUCAUCACAGGCCACAACAACCACUUCCACGUCACCAUCCUCAACAUCCAACAUCAUGUCUCUGCAUGGUCCAAUGCCACUACCUCCUACAUCAACUCCAUUUCCACCUCUGGUCUAGACAUCCAUUUCCAAGAUGUCCCUCAAGUUGAUCCUCCUUACAAGGAGAACAUGAAAGGUGAGACCUUCAUUUGCCUCUUCAUUGAAGCUCACAAGGCUCAUGUCCAUGAAGCUAUCUCACACCAUCUUGCCACCACUUCCGUUGCUGCUUUGAUCUUGGACAUCUUAUGUGUGUCCAUGCUUGACGUUGCCAAAGAUCUCAACUUGCCGUGUUAUAUCUAUAUACCUUCAAAUGCCACCUUUCUUGGCUUGAUGCUUUACUUACCAACACUUGAUGCAAAGGUGUUAUCCGAGAUAGAGGAUGUUAAGGAUGUGAUUGACAUUCCAGUUCUCCGUUCAGCACCACCGUUGUCGAUGCCUGGGUUCAUGAUGGACAAGAAGGAUGAGUGUUAUACUAUAUUCUAUAACUAUGGAUACAAACUAAGAGAAGCAAGAGGUUUCAUUGUGAACACAUUCAAGAAUUUGGAGAUGAAGUCAUUAAAGGCUUUGGAGACCGGACAAUGCUUGCCGGAUCAACCAACACCGGCUGUUUUCACUGUAGGACCAUUGCUUGCCUCCGAGAAAAAGGAGAAAGAUGAGAAGAAGCAUGAGUGUAUAAAAUGGUUGGAUGAACAACCAAAGAAGUCAGUGGUGUUCUUGUGCUUUGGAAGCAUGGGGUGUUUUGAUAAGGAGAUGGUGAAGGAGAUAGCUUUGGGUUUGGAGAAGAGUGAGCAAAGGUUCUUGUGGGCGUUAAGAACACCAUCAAAAGAGAAUGCUUUGAUUCCAAGUGAUGCUGAUCUUGGGGAAGUAUUGCCGGAGGGGUUCUUGGAGAGGACAAGAGAGAAAGGGUUGGUGUGGCCAUCAUGGGUUCCUCAGCUCAGCGUGCUGGCGCACACGGCGGUGGCUGGAUUUGUGACGCACUGUGGAUGGAACUCAGUGUUGGAGAGCUUGUGGUAUGGCGUGCCAAUGCUUGCAUGGCCGUUGUAUGCGGAGCAACACAUGAAUGCAGUGAUGGUGGUGAGAGAGAUGGGUGUUGGUUUGGAGCUCAAAGUUGAUAGGAAGAAUGGAGGAUUUGUUAGCUCAGAGGAGUUGGAGAGUGGGAUCAGAAGCUUGAUGGAAGGAGAAGAAGGAAGGAAGGUGAGACAGAGGGCUGAAGAGAUGAAGGUGGCUGGCAGAAGGGCUGGAGAAGAAGGUGGUUCUUCUUAUGCUUCUUUGGAGCUUCUUCUUCAUGAUAUUAUUAAGGACGCUUCCACUGGUUCUAUUGGAUGAUAAUUAUGAGUAAUUGAUAUUAUUGGUGUGCUAAUUAAGUUUAAGCUUUUUUUAAUAAACUAAAUCGGUCAUAUAGGUUAUAUUAUAUAUAUUGUUUGCAUGGUCUACGUUGAAUAUAUGGACAAAAAUA